CGUGACCAGCCCACGCAGGCUCACACCCCUCUCUGGGGUCUCUGGAGCAGCCCUUGCUCGCUCACACCCUCCAGGCCACCAUCCCUGGCAGAAGCACCUGUUCCUGGUAGUGCAGCUCCUGGUGCUGCAGAGCACGCAGACCGGGCUGCGCGGAAAGCAGGAGGCGGAGCGACGGAGCUGGUGAGGGAGCCUGCAACCUGGACCCAAGGAACCCUUUGCUGGGGUCCCGCGACGCCAGCCCGGCCAUCGCAGCGCAGGCCGAGGCUGCAGGUCUGAGGAGCUUCGCUUCGCAUCCUACCAGGUGUCCAGCAUCGCUAAGAGGAGGAGAAGACAAGGAUAGGCCCAGGAGCAAUGGAGUCCAAAGAUCAAGGAGUCAAAAAUCUCAACAUGGAAAAUGACCAUCAGGAAAAGGAGGAAAAAGAAGAAAAGCCACAAGAUGCUAGCAGAAGGGCGCCAGCUGUGGCCCUGACUUUCGAAGCUGGCGAAUAUAGUGUGCCUAGAGGCAGUCGCAGGUGGUUCCGAGUUAGGCCGCCCAUCGUGCACUACAGAUGGGACCUGAUGCAUAGGGUUGGAGAGCCCCAGGCAAGGAUGAGGGAGGAUCAUGCGGAAAGGUUUGGGGAGGACGUGAGAAGGCAGCUCAUGGAGAAGUUAAGGGGAAGGCAGCUGAGCCAUAGUCAGCGGGCGGUUAGCACUGACCCGCCUCACCAUGGCCAUCAUGAUGAGUUUUGCCUUAUGCCUUGAGUCCUGAGGUUUUCUCUCAAGUUAAUAGGGGGACCCCUGCUUCCAAAACUUACAUUUUGUGAUGUACUGCUGUAAAAUUUUUGAGGUUACUUCUUUUAUGUGGAUCUCUUCCUUUUAUCAGCUUCUAGUUGAAACUUGUGUUUUUCACUGUAAUUCUUUUUGUUAGCAGAAUUUAUCAGUUGCAUGAAAAGAUGCUUGUUAAAUAUUGUGAAACUAAUAAAGCAUAUUUAA